AGUUCCCGUAGCACCUACCUCCAUUAGCUUUACUCUUAAGACAAAUACUAAUCUUCUUCACUUUUUAGCUGUCUUAAAAAGAAUUAAAGAAAUUCUUCCAUUUCUGACCUAACAUUACCUGCAUUUCAUGCUCUACUUUGAAUUUAAACAUUAACUAAUCUAAUUUACUCUAUCACUUUCUUCCCCAAACAAAAAAAACAUAAUUUCCAAUCCCAAACAACAAUCUAAAGCAAAAGCAAAAAGCUUGUGGUUUCUUCAGAACCAAAGCAAAGCUAAGAAAUCAAGGAGCUAUAGCUAAAAUAGUAUAAACAUUGGAUAGUAUUUUUUUUAAAAUUAUAAGUUCAAUUUCUCCCACAAGCGUUCGUUCUGUAGUUUUAUAUUUAAAUAAAAAAGAAGAAGAAGCAAAGCUAAGGAAGUUUCAAGAUAAGUGUUUUUGUUUCUGGAGAGAAGAUGGUGGUGAGGAAAGUGGGAAAAUAUGAAGUAGGAAGGACAAUCGGAGAAGGAACUUUCGCCAAAGUAAAAUUCGCCCAAAAUACGGAAACCGGCGAGAGUGUGGCCAUGAAAGUUCUUGAUCGCUCCACCAUCAUCAAACACAAGAUGGUUGAUCAGAUUAAGAGGGAGAUUUCCAUAAUGAAGCUUGUUAGACAUCCUUAUGUUGUACGCUUGCACGAGGUUUUAGCGAGUCGAACUAAGAUUUAUAUAAUCUUGGAGUUCAUUACAGGCGGUGAAUUGUUUGAUAAAAUUGUGCACCAUGGACGUCUUAGUGAGGCUGAAGCUAGGAGAUACUUUCAACAGCUUAUUGAUGGAGUGGAUUAUUGCCACAGUAAAGGAGUUUACCACAGAGAUUUAAAGCCUGAAAAUCUUUUACUCGACUCUCAAGAAAAUUUAAAGAUUUCAGAUUUUGGCCUUAGUGCAUCGCCUGAAGAAGGAGUUAGCUUGCUGCGAACAACAUGCGGAACUCCUAACUAUGUAGCACCUGAGGUACUUAGUCACAAGGGUUAUGAUGGUGCUGUCGCAGACGUUUGGUCCUGCGGGGUUAUCCUUUAUGUUCUGAUGGCAGGAUAUCUUCCAUUUGAUGAACUCGAUCUCACGACAUUAUACAGUAAGAUUGAGAGGGCAGAGUUUUCGUGCCCUUCAUGGUUUCCUGUAGGAGCAAAAUCCUUGAUUCACAAAAUUUUGGAUCCAAAACCUGCAACUCGUAUAACCAUUGAGCAGAUAAGGGAUGAUGAGUGGUUUCAGAAAAGUUAUGUACCUGCGAGACAUACCGAGUAUGAAGAUGUGAACCUUGAUGAUGUAGAUGCAGCUUUUGAUGACCCAGAGGAACAGAAUGCUGAUGAACAGUGUGGAAAUGAGGAUACUGGUCCUUUGGUUCUAAAUGCAUUUGACAUGAUAAUUCUGUCACAAGGAUUGAACCUUGCAACACUAUUUGAUCGCGGAAAGGACUCUGUGAAGUAUCAAACACGAUUUGUCUCACGCAAACCAGCAAGGGUUGUGUUGUCAAGCAUGGAAGUGGUUGCACAAUCAAUGGGUUAUAAGACACAUAUUCGUAAUUAUAAGAUGAGAGUGGAAGGCCUUUCAGCUAAUAAGACUUCUCUUUUCUCAGUAUUUGUUGAAGUGUUUGAAGUCGCUCCAUCGUUUCUUAUGGUAGAUAUUCAGAAAGCAGCUGGAGACGCUGCCGAACACCUGAAGUUUUACAAGACCUUUUGUGGCAACCUUGAGGAUAUUAUUUGGAAACCAUCGAAUGAAUCAAGUAAAUCCAGGAUUACCAAGUCGAGGAGCAAAAAACGUUGAUUGGACAUCACAAUUUCUACAACUUUGGGCAUGUGUAUCUGGUUUCGUUCAUGCUCAAGAACUACAAUAAGGUCUUUGCAACAUUUGAAGUUGCAAUUAGAGCUUACAAGGAUCUGCUUUUGAUGUUUUACCUAACAUCUUCAAACUAUUUCCAUCUCUUCUGCGGAAGGCGAAAAAGGGUGAAGGAAAAUUGGAGGAAACUGGUAUUUAAUGAUUGUACGUGUAAUGUAUUUAUAUUUGUAGAUUUUUUUGUAUGGAGUUUGUUUGGUCUCCUAGAAUUUCUCAUGCUAUUUUAUAGCUGUGAGCCUGCUGAGUUUUAUAGAUUUCAACCAGAGUGUUGUAACCCUGUAAUUUUACCCUUGAUUGCAAGGACUAGUUUUUGAUGAUAAUGGAUUUUACUUUUUGGACUUA